UCUUGAGAAUGAUGUUGUGAGUAAAACAGAUGAUAUUCUGUUUAUCCAUACUCUCACUCUCAACAUUCGUAAAACAAAACACCCUUUUUUGAGAGAAAGAAAUAUGUCUUAGAAGAAAUUUAUUCUCAAAUUGUUUUCUGCAAAGGAAAGUCUUGUAUAUUCGUAUCAUCAUUUCUUUACAGUUUAUCAACACACAAAGAAAAUUCCAAAAAUGAUAUCACUCCACAUAAAAAUGAAUAAGUGUAUAUCACAAAAUAUUAAGGACACGUAGAUUUUGAAACUUUGCGAUAAGAAUGAAGAAGGAAUACAUUUGUCCACAAAACACUUCGAACCCGGCAAAAUAAAGGAUUUUUUAUUUUUGAUCUAACUAUAACAGAACUUUGGAAGAAUUACAUAUAAAGAAAUUGUUCGAAUCAGUCGAGAGACGCAAAAAAAAUAUUAGUGACAUACAGAUAAUAUCUUAAUCAUAACAAAGUUGUUUAAUUUACUUAUAUGUAUAUAUACAUUCAGAUAUUUUUUAUUUUACUGCUUUGCAUAAAACGAGAGAUUCGUAUUGUGUAUACUUCAAUUUUCAGACUCUUUGUUGAUAUUAAUUGUAUGGAGGAUACACAAACAUACAUUUUGCUAAUUUUUACAAUCUCACCAAGCAUUCAGUAUCCCCAUGUCCUCAUAUCCAUAGGAAAAAUAUAGCCAAAAUAUAUUCUCAAUGAAAAGGAAAUGUUUUUUUUUAUUAUCUCAAUUUAAUCAAUUUUGUAAUGUCCUCAACAUAAAAAAAAAAUUCAACAAAAAUUUAUAUUAUUUGAAAAGCUUCAUAAUUGAAAUUCAACGAAUUGCGAGUGUGAAAGUGAGGCUCAGGGUUAUAGAUUUCUUCUCACCCUCACCUUCACCUUCAAGACGGUUGCUAUGUACUUCACUCUUGUUCAAUGAUACGAUAUUUCCUAAUGUUUGUUAGACCAAUUUAGAUGUACACAUAGAGUUUCAGAUAUCCUGAUAUUAGGCAUUGAUUUGUAUUUAAUGAAUGAGUUAAAGAGAAAAAUAUAACAGUUUCGACUAGAAAUUAAUCCACAUUCUCAAGACAGUAUGACAUCACAUCCCAUGCUUUUUUAGUUAUUCAUGCUUACAUUGAUAUAAGAUAUCAAAUUUUGCAUAACAGUCGAAUUUCUCGUCAAAGAAAUAUACCACCAAUCAUUGUUGAUCUUUAAUUCAGGUCAUCAGAUGUAUCUAUCGGACGGCCAAGUCUUUAUUUCCACAACUUAUAAAUAUAUUCUGAUAGAAUAGGAUAUAGAUUGAAAGUGUGGAAAAAUGGAUAAAGACAUAAAGCGUUCUGUAAACGAAGAUGGUAUGUCUUAUUAUUUCAUUCGAAAUUAUCUUUUUUACUAUUUAAUUCUUUAGAAUUCGAUUCAUCUUUGUACAAACGUCUUCGUUCUAAUGUAACUUGUGUAUCUGAUUUACCUGAUGAAAUAUUUCUUCUCAUAUGUCGUUAUUUAUCACCAAGUGAUGUUCUUUAUUCAUUUUAUACUCCUGAACAAUCUCAUCUUCGUCUUCAUCAUAUUAUUGGUGAUUAUUACAAAAAAAUAAAAUUAGAUAAAAUAUUCAAUGCCGAAUUUGUUUAUUUGUUCAAUUUAUUUUCUAAUACAAGAUUUCCUCUUCGACCUGAAUCAUUAAUAUUAAGUAAUGAACAUAUUCCUCAUCUAACACAUAGUUUUUUUGACUACUUACAUUCAAAUACAAUUAAUUCAAUAUUUAUUAAUUUAAAAUGUUUAAUAUUAAUAAAUUGUUUUUCAAAAGAUAUUUAUAUUCUGAAUAAAUGCUUAUUUCAAAUGACAUUAAUUCAAUAUCUUCAUAUUAUUUUUCGUAGAACUAAUGAUGACGAUGAUGAUGUUGUUCAAUCCCGUCAUAGAGAAAGAUCUGAUCUAACAAUUGCUCAAUUUCUAUUCGGUAGACAAAGUUCCUCUUUAAAUAAAGUUAUUAUUGAUACACUUGAUGGAUUUAUAUUAUAUCAAUUAUUACUACCAAAUCAAUCUAUUACUUAUAUCGAUUUAGUUUUAGAAACUAUCGAUGAUUUAUAUAUAUUACUUAGUGGAUUGGUACCAAAUGUAGAAACAAUGAUUAUUCAAUUACGUCGAUCACGAAUACUUUCUGGUGCUCAUCCACGAAGUAAUCCAUCAUGUUCAAAAUUAACUCAAUUUACAUUACUAGAAUCUGUUAGUGGAUUUGAUGUUAAUGAUAUUAAAUCUAUUUUUGCUUUUAUUCCAUCUGUAAUUAAAUUAACAUUAAGUAUACGUGAUACAUAUGAUAUAACAUUUUGUCAUGGUCCCAAAUUUGAAUCAAUAUUAAGCGAAUAUUUACCAAAUCUUCGUGCAUUUAAUUAUACAAUGACCCAUAGAAUUGUUGAUCAAACAUUAACUGAAAGUUUCAUUCAAUGGCCAAUGAAUAUUGGUUAUUAUGAAAAUCUUAAUCAUUGUUGGAUACAUAUUUAUUCAUUACCAUGGCCAUCAAAUAAAGAUGAUAAACGUGAAUUACCUAUUGUAAAAGAUGCACUUAAUAGAACAGUGCAAUCAGGUAUUGGACCCAGUGAAUGUGUGACAGAUAUUAUGAUUACAAAUGGUAAUCAAUGGACUGAGUUAAAAACACAAUUUCGUCGUGUUUGUCAAUUGCGAACUUGUUUACCAAUCAAUAUUGAAUUACCAUUAAGAAUUUCAAAAGUCAUUGUUACACAACAAAUUCAUAUAACUUCAAUAAAUGAUAUUGUUCAACCUUUUGUUCGUAGUUUAACUGUUGAACAUCGUUUAACUGAUGACAAAGACAUCUUAAAUCUUGCUCGACAGUUUCCAAAUGUUGAAUAUUUAUCAAUGUUUUUUCCAAUAGAUAGAUCUUUAUAUCUUCAUUGUUUUCAAACAUUAUUUAGUGCUGAUGAGAAUAUUAUUACAAAUCGUCGUCUUUGGACUAAAUUAAAAUAUGUUUCAAUGGAAUUUUUUCAUCAUCGAAUUGAUGAAAUACUCGACGAUAAUAAUAUUAUCCGUUGGUUUCUUCGAAAUACUGAUCUUAAAUAUACAAAAUCGGGAUUUACUUACAAUCAUUUUAAUAGAACAUUUUCUAUUUGGCUUUAA